AUGACGGGCUACGCCCGCGGCGAGGCCGACUUCGCCGCCGCCGACCGCUUCCGGCGGGACGCGCGGCCCGCCUCGCUCGCCCCCAAGGAUUACUCGGUGCCUUUACACGUAGACUGCAGUAUCGAAUACGAGCUUCCCGACUGUGCCAAGCCUCCGCAGGGCGUCAAGAUCGAGCCGCUGCUUAUGAUCCACCCGUCACACUUCCGGAGGCUCGAAAGCCUCCGCCGCGUGCCGUUCGUGAACAAUCUGCCGCGAGAGCCGGCGGCUUGUGAGAGGCGGAGGCGACGCUGUUGCAGGCCUCCGCCACCGCCAGAGCCAGAGUUGAGCAAGCUGGCGCCACGAGCUCGCCUCAAGGCACACCCCUACCUGCCGCCGGAGGCGCUCGACUGUGAUAUCGCGCGCGCGCUCCCGCCCGCUUCGCACUACGAGCGCUUCGAUAAGCGCGCGCUGCAGCAGCUGCCGAUCUACAUGUAG